AUGUCUAUUUCCAAUAGAAGACAAGAAGCCAAAUCAAAGCGAUUAUGCUUCAAUUGCCUGUCCCUUGGACACCAAAAUCAUGAGUGCAAGUCGAAGUCAACGUGCCAAACCUGUCGAAAGGGUCAUGAAUUGUUACUUCACAUCCAUACAGACCCGAACAAGCAACCGGGACCUGAAAACAAGUUUGCGGGUCACGGGGGUACUACCGGUGCCACUACCAUACUGGGAACUGUACUAAUUGAGGUGAAAACUGCAAAUGGCGGUUAUCACAAUUGUCGAGCCUUACUGGACAGCGGAUCUGAAUACAGUUUCGUUACAACCAGCUGUGCUAACCGACUCAAGCUACCAAUCAAGAAAUUGACUCUUCAACUAACUAGAGUUGGCGGAGGAGCAAAAACUGUGAAGUCUGGUUCUGUCAAUCUGGAAACAAAGGAUUCUCAGAAUCAAUCUCUACAUAUUGAAGCCUUCACUCUUCAAAAACUUUCUGGCUACCUGCCCAGAGAACGGGUGAAUAUACCGAACAGUUUGGAUAUCACACGUCUUAAGCUCUCGGACCCAGACUUUGAUAAACCAAAGGAAAUCGAUAUAAUCCUAGGCUGUGAUGUGUACAACGACAUUGUUGGCUGCGGAAAGAUUAAGCUUACAGACAAGCUUUAUGCACGUGACACUCUAUUUGGUUGGAUGAUUAGCGGCAGAACAACUGGUCUUCCAACAACCUUCUUCAAGUCAUUUCAUGUGUCUAUUGACGAUAUUCUAAGGAAAUUUUGGGAAUUAGAAGAAAUUCCUGAUUUCAAAAAGACAACAACAGAAGAAGAUCGAUGUGAAUCUCACUUUAAGGAAACAACCAUACUACAAAAUGGACGAUUAACCGUGCAGCUGCCUUUCAAGCCCAAUAGUCAACUUGGCGACAGUUUAGCACAAGCAAAACGCAGAUUCAAUUAUCUCGAGCGACGACUGGAACAGAAUCCAGAACUAAAAGAUCGCUAUACCGCAUUUAUAGACGAAUUUCUCGAUAUGGGGCAUAUGGAGUACAUAACGCCUGGAGAAAUCGAAAAGCCAGUUGAUAGCAUCACUGCGUUUUCAAGGAAGAUUCUACUACCACAAAGCUACGUGUAG